CGGCGAGGAUAAAGCAAGAUGGCGUCUGACGGUGAAGACGUUAUUGCAGUCGUCACAGUUCAGUGUUCUUAAUCUGUGCCUCCAUGUACACAUAUAUGUCCUUUAUUACACUCUAGUAAAUAGGGUAAACAUCGUUAAUAACUGUUUGCAUCCGGUUAUAUUAGUCUGAGCGCACUUUGACGUUUCUCGAGCUAACUUAACUUGCUAGUUAGCUUAGCUUGUUAGCUGCUAACAAAGAGAGGCAGAAGUGAUCAAAACACAUCGCUAAGUAGAGAUCAAGUGUGAGUGUAAAGUGUUGUGAUUGUGUGAAAAUGUGCCAAAGAACCACAGCAGAGUACGAGGAGGAACUUUGUCCAACAAAAGAGGAGAAGGAGCGACAACAUGAAAAACAUCAAGUUGUGUUACACAGAACAGACAUCCAUCAGCUGAUUGGACACCAAGAAGAAUGUCUCCCUCAUCUGCAGGGGGACAGUUUCACUUUAGAAUAUCCACAGCCCUCACAUUUUAAAGGGGACAAGGGGGAUUCACAGCCCUUUUAUUUUAAAGAGGAAGAGGAGGGAGAGUGUCCUAUAGGGCAGGAGGAGGCUGAUGUCAGCAAGUUUCCACUGACUGUUGUCUCUGUGAAGACUGAAGAGCAUGAAGACAAACCACCUGAGUCCUCACAGCUUCAUCACAGUCCAAACGUUGAAGAAGAACCUCUACCCCAUGAGCAGGAGGAGGAACCACAGUCACCCCACAUACACGAGGAAGAAGAGGUACCACAUUACCAACACAUUAAAGAGGGAAGAGAGGAGGCACAUCCCCCCCCACAUUAAAGAGGAAGACGAGACGCCACAAACCCAUAAUGUUAAACUGACCCUUCACAUUAAAGGGCAAGCGGAGGACCCACUCAUCUUACACAUCAAAAAUGCAGAAGAGGGCCCACUGACCUCUCACAUUAAAAAGGAAGAGGAGGACCUAUUGACCCCCUGCUUUAAAGAGGAAGAGGAGGUCCAAGAGCCGCCGCACAUUAAAGAGGAAGAGGAGGAAGAGGGCAUCAGUCAGCCUAACUGGUUGGAGGAGUUCCCAGUGACUGGUGUCCCUGUGAAGAGUGAAGAUGAUGAGGUGAAAGGUGAAAGUGAGGAGAGGGGAGGGGGGGAGCCUCCAAGCAGCAGCUCAACACAACACAUGACAACAGAAGCUGAUGGAGACCACUGUGGAGGAUCACAAGCAGACAAGCUCUUAGCUCCACUAUCAGAUAGUGAGGACACAACGUCACACUCUCCUGACACUGAUGAUGAAGACUCUAAAGAUGAUAAGACAUGUCACACUGACAACACUCACUUCACAUCUUCUCUCUGUCACAAAACAUUUAAAUACCCAAGUCUUCUGAAAGAACACAUGAGAACACACACUGGAGAAAAACCCUUUUCAUGCUCAAUCUGUGGUAAAGGUUUUGUAGAAAGUCGCGAUUUGAAAAGACACAGGAGAACACACACUGGUGAAAAACCUUUUUCCUGUUCAACCUGUGGUAAACGUUUUCUUGUAAAUCAUCAUUUGAAAGUACACAUGAGAACACACACUGGUGAAAAGCCUUUUUCCUGUUCAAUCUGUGGUAAAGGUUUUACAACAUGUACAUAUGUGAAAGUACACAUUAAAACACACACUGGUGAAAAAUCACAUUCCUGUUCAAUCUGCAACAGAAGCUUUUGUGACCGAUCGACCCUUGUAGUACACAUGAGAAGACACCCAGGAGAGAAAGUGUUGAGUUGCAGUGUGUGUGGUGAAAGAUUGUCUUCUAAGUAGCAGUGUAAGAAACACAAGUGUGCUGGUGAGAACAGCAGCAGCAAAUGAAACUGCAGGAUUUGAAAUAAACUGUCCAGACUUUCAUUUUGACUUUCUAACAACAUCAGCACAUAUAACAUGUGUGACAUUGUUGUUUGUCUAACAAUCUGUUUAAUAUGAUCUUUACAUUUAUAGAUUAGAUAUUUUAUAUUUGUGCUUUUUUCAGUCAAGCACAUGCAUUAAUAUGCAACAUUGUGUACUUUUAUUAAAAAAUGGACAGAACAAUUUAAGUAAAAAGGUGGGAGUAAAUAGUACGGGAAAUAUUUUACAUGCAAUAAACAUUUUAUAUGUGUGUGUGUAUAUAUAUAUUGUGUAUAUUCCAGAUAUAAUUUUAGACUUAUUCAUAUGAAAUAUUGAAGUAUUACAUAUUUGUAUUUGUAAUUGUUAAUAAUCCCAUAGAUUAUCACCUUUAUAUGAUAUACAUAUGUACUGGUUCACAUCUGAAACAUCUUCUGGACCACUUCAGGAAGCAUAUUAUUAUUUACUUUAUACAUCAUUUCAACAAUACAAUUUUAAAAUGUGUGACUUUUUGAAUCAUCUGUUGGGUCUCUUUAAUCUAUUUUAUUCAUUAUAUUUUUUACUCUGUAUUAUGAUGAUUGUGUUGUGAUUGUUAUAUAUGUAUGUCCCCAGACCUUUAUGCAAUAUAAAAGUGAGAGAAAAUGACUGAAUUAUUUGUGGAAGGAUGGUUUUGUUUUUACUUACAUUUGUGGAUAUAUUAAAUAAAUCCAGUAUUGUGUUUUGAAUA